ACCAAGCUCUCUCGACCUCCUCCCCUCCACCCAUCACCGACUGCUCGUCCAACAUCCACGAAACCACCCCGCGAUAUCCUCUCCCUUACAAAACAACCACACCCACCCCGCGAAUUGUCGAUUAUCUCCUGUUGCAGACCCCUCUCGAGCUGCCUGACGAAGCUACGAACCUUCCCUCACGCCCGCCAUGUUCAGAAACAAUUACGACAACGACUCGGUGACAUUCUCGCCGCAAGGCCGGAUAUUCCAGAUCGAGUAUGCAGCCGAAGCAGUGAAGCAGGGUUCCGUGGUAGUAGGCAUCGCCAGCAAAACACACGCCGUCCUGGUAGCAAUCAAGCGCAACGCUGAGGAGCUGUCCUCGUACCAGAAGAAGAUAUUCCCUGUCGACGAGCACUCAGGUAUCGCCAUCGCCGGCCUCACCUCGGACGCCCGCGUCCUCUCCAACUUCAUGAAGCAGCAGUGCCUCGGCCACCGCAUGACGUACGGCCGCUCGAUGCCCCUCCGCACCCUUGUCGACAUGAUUGGUGAAAAGGCCCAGAUCAACACCCAGGUCUACGGCAAGCGGCCCUACGGAGUCGGCCUCCUCGUCGCCGGCGUCGACGAGCGCGGGCCCCAUCUCUUCGAGUUCCAGCCCAGCGGCAUGACGGAGGAGAUGGUCGCCUUUGCCAUCGGCGCCCGCAGCCAAAUGGCCCGCACCUACCUAGAGCGCAACAUCGACGCCUUUGAGAGCUGCUCGCGCGAGGAGCUCGUGCGCCACGGCCUCAAGGCCCUCAAGGAGAGUCUCGUCCAGGACCGCGAACUGACGGUUGAGAACACGAGUGUGGGCGUCGUCGGCUUUACCGAGAAGGACGGACUCAAGGAGAUUCAGCCCUUCAAGCUGUUCGAUGGCCAGGACGUCAAGGAGUGGCUCGACAGCGUCGCCGCCAGCGAGAGCCAGGGCGCCGGCGAGGAAGGCGGUGAGGGUAUGGAGGUUGAUGAAUAGGCACACACACACGCACGCACCCGUUUUUUAGGGAGGCAACAACGAUGAAGGAGUAUGGGAAGACAGGGGGCUGGGGAACAGCUUGCGUCGCGUUGGAACUAGACCGGCCCAUUGCCGAAUUCCCUUCUUCUCGAGAGGCUCAAGAGUGACGGGAAUUGGGUCAAUUGGACUGGCUGAGGGAGGGCGAAGGAAAACGCAGAGUACUUGAACGCACUGAGCCGGCCCGUUUAGAAUUGUACCAAUACGCUGCAAAAAAGGGAGAUUCAACAGCCGAAUGAACGAGCUGCAUCCAAUGAUUUCCAAGGGACGAGAAGGACACGCGCGACUCGAUUUCACACACACACACAUGUGACUUGAUGUUCGAGAGAUAGAGAGAGGUGCAGGUGGUGGUGAUUAACGAUGUAGGUUUGUUUUCCAUUGGUUAUGCAACUAUCAUGGUGGUCUAUCGAAAAUUGCAAUGCAAACACCCCGCAAGACAACAAGACAACCGACCUCCCCUUUUCCCCCUCCCCUCAUCGUCCCUCAUCGUCCCUCAUCGUCCCUCAUCGUCCCUCAUCGUCCCUCAUCGUCCCUCAUCGUCCCUCAUCGUCCCUCAUCGUCCCUCAUCGUCCCUCCUCGUCUAAUGUCUUAUUCCAGGUGUUACCGGCGCCGAGAGCAAAGUCAGAAACCCCUCCCCAUUCGCUCGCUCCUUUUACCAUGGAAACACGAAGGGCGCCAGACUCCGGUACGCAUCCGCUUUUCACAUUGCACACACGCGACCGGCCAUGCCUCCCCACAAUCCCGUACUCUCCAUCUUCUUGUCUUUGGUUCCUUUUCGCUGCCCGCUCAGACCCUGUUUUGCCUUGAUUGCUCAACUCACACUUGUUCUUCUUUCGCUCCAACAGAUAUAAC